AUGGCUGAUAUUUUCGAUAUGGAUGGCUACGAGCAACUGCUUGGAAGUGGGUUUUCCAAAUUGCAAUUAAAAUCAAAUGAUCUUUCCGCACAAGAUAGCCCUUUAGUACAAUUGAAUUAUAAAUUGAUAGACACUAUAGACGAGAAUGAAGGUGACGAGGAGUUUCUAAAUGAAGCAGUCACAAGAGAGAGUUACAAAGAAGAGGGAAAUACUUUAGAGUAUCUCCCAUCAAAAAGUAUACCUAUUCGUAUCGAUCAAACCCAAUUGCAAGUGCCUGGAUUGGGUAUACCCCAGUUACAUUCAUACAAUAGAUCACGUCGGAAGUCUUCCAUAGUUUCUUCUUAUGAGAUCAAAAUUGGACAGGAUGAUUACAUAUCAUCGAAUAAAUCACUAGGGAAUAAUACCGAGUCGAUUUCUGCUUAUAAACCUAAACUAUCUGAUUUCGAGCCGAUAAAAGUGUUAGGUAAAGGUUCAUAUGGGAAAGUCUUGCUUGUUCGAGAAAUACGCACGGGUAGGUUAUUUGCACAGAAACAGUUGCUUAAAGCGUCAAUAAUCAUUAAUCAAGACAAAGAGGACAAACACAAAAGCGAAGAGGGAGAUUCCUUCUCCCCCUCCUCCUCCUCCUCCUCCUCCUCUUCUUCUUCUUCCUUGAAACCACCAAAAAUAGAUGUCAAAAAUUACCAAAGAACAUUGAGUGAGAAACAAAUUUUGGAAACUGUCAACCACCCAAAUAUAGUAAAGCUUUAUUAUGCUUUUCAAGAUAACAAUAAACUAUACCUUAUAUUGGAAUACUUACAAGGUGGUGAAUUGUUUCAUCAUCUAUCCAUGGAGAAAUUCAUGAGCGAGCGAAAAUCAGCAUACUAUUUAGCUCAAUGCAGUUUGGCAUUGCACUAUUUGCAUACUCGAGUUAAAGUGAUUUAUCGUGAUUUGAAACCAGAAAAUUGUAUGUUGAACGCAAAGGGAAACUUGGUAUUGACAGAUUUCGGUUUGAGCAAAGUUGCUCCUGAUGCAUCCGACGAUGAAGGACUGGGAAGCCGCAAAUUGAACUCCAUGACGGGCACAAUACAAUAUAUGGCACCUGAAGUCAUCAUGGGCCUAGAAUAUGACUAUUCUGUGGAUUGGUGGAGUUUAGGAUGUGUCGCAUUUGAUUUGUUAACAGGCUCGCCUCCAUUUCCUGGACUGAAUGCAAAUAAAGUUUUGACGAAAAUUAAGAAUUUCAAAAAGAAUUUGAAAUUCCCAUUUUAUUUGAGUACUGAUGCAAAAGAUCUACUUUGCAAGUUAUUACAAGUGGAUCCAGAUAAGAGGUUCAAUGUUGAUAAAGAAUGGGAAAAAUUCAAGAGUCAUAAUUUCUUUAGAUACGUGGAUUGGAAGAAAUUGGAAAUGAUAGAUGAUGACGGGGAAGGGGAAGAUGGGGGGGAUGCAUUGUUGCCCCCGAUUUUACCAAUCAUCACUGAUCCUAUUCUUGCCGAAAAUUUUGAUUCUGAAUUUACCGAAAUGGAAUUCACUCCUCAUCAUCAGGUGAACUUCCUCUCUCAAAAGGAGACUUUCUACAUGAAGGACUUUUCAUAUAUCAAUCCAAAGUUUUUGGAUAGCUUACAAUCAGGCGAACUGUAA